AUCUUGGUGGAGGCAGCCAAGGAGAUCAUGUCCACCCUCUUCCCUUCGCUCUUCCCACAAGUCACCGACUCCCUGUGGUUUAACCUGGACCGGCCCUGUGUGGACGAGAAUGAGUUACAGCAGCAGGAACAGCAGCACCAGGCCUGGCUGCAGAGCAUAGCGGAGAAAGACAACAACCUGGUCCCCAUAGGGAAGCCGGCCUCCGAGCCAUACGACGAGGAGGAGGAGGAAGACGAUGAGGAUGAUGAGGACAGUGAAGAGGAUUCCGAGGAUGAUGAGGAUAUGCAGGACAUGGAUGAGAUGAAUGAUUAUAACGAGUCUCCAGAUGACGGUGAGAUUGAGGUCAGUGAAGACUCCCGUCGCGCCGACAUGGAGGGAGCUGAGCAGGACCAGGACCAGUGGAUGAUCUGAUCGGUCGAGGCCUCGGACCGUCUACUACUACUACUACUCCCAUCUUCUCAUCCGCCAAGAGCCGCUUGUAAAUGUAUUUAUAUUGUAGAUGAUGGCGGAGGAUGUGAUCUGGAGGGGGGGUUCGUUUUCUGUGAAAAUGAGAGAAGAGAUUUUAUACAGCGCAGAGUCAACUCCAUUGGUGAUC